AUGCCCGCCGUCACGGAGGAGGACAUCCGGCCCGCAGCGCCGUUGAUGCGCAGGCACGACGGCUCGAUCAUGAGGGCCAUCGUGGACGAGCAGGUCAUGGCGGACAGACGGUCGGGUGUCGCCCAGAGCAGGAACUCGCCGUCCAGCACGGGUAUCUUCCAGAGUCCGAACGCCGUCGAGGAGUACGCCACGGAGAACGUGGUCGAGGCGAUCUCGACGUCCAUCAUCGAGGACGAGGGCAUACAGAUGGACAUGGUCGAGAUGAUGACCUCGCCGAUAGUCGCGUACAUGCGGGCAACCGGGUCCGACGGGUCGACGUCUGCAAAACUCCAUGAAGUCGAUCAUCGAGAUGAUGGACCCGCCCACCGCCGAGACCAUGACCGAGCUCGGCAGGAUGAUGAGGAAGGUGACCGAAACCCCGGAGGAGAUCGUUUCCUUUUUCGACAACAACUGACCACUAUGAUUAUGUCGGUGAACAUGUGCACCACUGUGGAAACGCCCAACCGCCACGACCGUGCCGACGGACUCGUCCAUGGACACAAUCAAAUCGUGGACUACAUGAUGAUUGUGCUCGGGAACGGCAGGGGACCCCCGACCCUGAAUGUGUUGUGGCCGACGGGACGUGAUGAAGUCCUCGGACGGGCUGCUGAAGACGAGACAGGCCAUGCGCCAGUUGGUGACCGCGUGUUUGGUUCAUAUGCAUGA